AUGUCCAAUACGAUCGCCUUGUACCCACUAUCAAACUUCACCUUCAGCACGAAGGAAGCGCAACCAGAGGAAGAUCCAAGUGUGUCUGCGCGUUUGCAACGACUACAGAACAACUAUGAGGACUUUGGCAUGCGGCGGACGGUCGAGGGCAUCCUGGUCGUGCACGACCACGGGCACCCGCAUAUAUUGAUGUUGCAGAUCGCUAACGCGUUCUUCAAGCUCCCAGGCGACUACCUCAAGCCAGGCGAAGACGAGAUCGAAGGGCUCAAGCGACGGCUGGACGAGCGUCUCGCCCCACCACCUGGGUCCCAGUUCGACCAGAUUACCCACGGCAUCAACAACGAGUGGGAGAUCGGCGACUGCCUGGCACAGUGGUGGAGGCCGAAUUUUGAGACAUUUAUGUACCCCUUCAUUCCUGCACACAUCACGAAACCGAAAGAGUGCAAGAAGCUCUUCGUCGUUCAGAUGCCCGAGAAGAAGGUCCUCGCCGUGCCCAAGAACAUGAAGCUUCUCGCGAUCCCGCUCUUCGAGCUGUACGAUAACGCUGCGCGGUAUGGGCCGCAGCUCUCUGCGAUUCCGCAUUUGCUGUCUAGAGGACCGCUCACGGUAGCUGGGUUCGCUCACCGCCUGCCAGUUGAACUCAUCGAAAUGAUAGUUCACUAUGUGGCUGAAGACUCGGACUAUGGCACUCUGGCAUCCAUCGCGCGAGUAAACAAAGCUCUCUGUGAGCAGGCCCGAAGGCUGCUCUAUCGCACCGUCUCCAAUCGCGAACGCGGACCAGAACUGACUGCACAUCCCAAAUGUCUCAAGGACUUCCCGCACCUCGGAAAGUACGUCCACAGCUACACCAUUCUCCACUCUGAAUGCUACACCGGUCAUGACACGGAGGCACACGCGAGUCCCCUUUCGUACCCUGGAACGAUCUACAAGAACUUCAUCAACCUCAAGGAACUUUCGCUCAAGUUCGAGGGGCGCAGUCCUUCCAGCCUCCUUCGGUUUCCGGAUCCUCCUUUUCAACUUGAAACUCUUCGGUGGAAGGGGCGUGCCAAUACCUCUGCGCUCGUGGGCUUCCUGGAGACGCAGCACAAACUGCGCCGUCUGGAAGUCCACCUUCCCGCCAAUAUUCGCACUGACCUCUCCACAGGGUCUUGCCCCAACCUGCUUUAUCUGAGUGGAUGUCGUUCGACGAUAGAGGCGUGCCUCCCUGGACGAAACGUCUCCAUCCUCAUUUGGGAGGAAUGCGAGAGUUAUGACCCGUUAGAAUGGCCGGAUACACUUCGCCUUCUGUCCAAAGAGCUCGGUCGUCUGAAAGCUCUCAGACUCCUCAACUGGAAAUACAGAUGUCAGCUCCGGUCGGUCCAGUACCUCAAACAAGUACAAUAUCUCGAAAUAUCACACGAGGAAACGACGUUGCAUUCCAUUCUAUUCGCUCUUCCGCGCCUUAUUGGCCUCAUAUUUCCUUACGAGUUCCAGCAGAGAACAGACGUCUCAGGCAUUCGUUCUCCCACUGGCACAGGCGAGUUCUUCGAGCUCUAUCCACACCUUCAGUUUAUCGAUAUCCAACCCCGGCGAUCGGGCAUCCUGAGGAACUUCGAACGAUGGGUGCCUUCCUCCAGACGUUUGGAAGGAACUGUUCAGAAGACGUUCUGGACCUCAGAUAUCGAACAGCAUAUGCCCGUCUGA